AUGACUUUCAACCCAGUACGACACGCUUUCCAGACGAUGCUAGCGGACCAGAAGUACCGUGGUCUCCCGCUUCUCACCGCUUCAGACUACACACCUUUCCUCAAGGCCAUUGAAACUCUCCUCGCGAACCCUACCUUCAUGCGCGACCAUGCCUGGCAGACGGAAUCACUCGAGCACUCCAUCAGCCGCCCUGCCUUUAGCGCCAAGAACCGCCAGGACUGCGACAACAAGUUAGAUAUCCGACGCUACGAGGGCGCGGAGAAGGACUCCCGUGGCGCGACGGUCUUUGAGGGCAGUGUUGUUCUGAUCGUUGUUGACGGAUAUGUGUUGGCCAAGGGAAGGAGCACCUCAUCGCCGACAGAUGCGCUGCUUGAUGUGUUCCAGAAGGUCGUAACUUUGGCACGAGAGUAUGAGUGA